AAAAAAGAAAAUACAAACCAAAACCCUAAACCCUAAUCCGCACCCCUUGCGCUGCUAUAAAUCCACAAAGCAAAACCCCAAAUCACUCACGCCGAUCUUCACCCGAAGAAGUUUUUGUUGGAAGGCUUUGAAUUGGGUGAACAAGAUGUCAAAAAACCCAAAGGUUUUCUUUGACAUUCUGAUAGGAAAGGCGAAAGUUGGGCGAGUGGUGAUGGAGCUAUUUGCUGAUGCCACCCCUAAAACUGCUGAGAAUUUCCGUGCCCUUUGCACCGGGGAGAAGGGGAUCGGGAGCUCUGGGAAGCCAUUACACUACAAGGGCUCGGCAUUUCACCGCAUAAUCCCCAGCUUCAUGUGCCAGGGUGGGGAUUUCACAAGGGGGAAUGGGACCGGAGGAGAGUCAAUUUAUGGCUCAAAGUUCGAGGACGAGAACUUCAAGCUGAAGCACACUGGUCCAGGAAUUCUAUCCAUGGCUAAUGCUGGACCACACUCAAAUGGUUCCCAGUUCUUUAUCUGCACAGACAAGACCUCAUGGCUUGAUGGGAAGCAUGUUGUUUUUGGUAAAGUUGUGGACGGCUACACUGUGGUUAAGGAGAUGGAGAAGGUGGGAUCCAACAGUGGGACUACUAAGGAACCUGUUGUAAUUGAAGAUUGUGGUCAGAUUACAGAGAAUUGAUGAAGACUGAUAUUGUAGUUCUUGUAAUUCUUUGAUGAGAAUUAUAAAUGCUCCUGUAGAUAAAUGUCCAACUUGUUUUAUCUGCAAUAAUGACUACUGAUCUUGUGAAUAGAGAGCUUAUCAGAUGCAUUGUAAUUUUCUUUCUACUUUUGGACUUGUGUUCUUAAUGCUCUCACUAUUCAGUUGCU